CCCUACAUUGAUGUCCUCAAUUUGAACCAGUGUAGACCUACUGUCCUAAAUUAAGAUUAGAGAUUAUGUAAAUAUGAUCAGUUUGCUUUUUUGAUUAAAUCCUUUUUUCCCUGCUGAAAAAAAUCGAAUAAUAUAUCAUAAUAGCAUGCAUGCAUCAAGUCCUAUAGCCUUAAGUACAUGAGUAAUUCAAUGUUUGAUACGAUUCAAUUACCUUGCAUGGACUUGUAUGUUUGAGAACACAUUUUCGUGUUUGAGCGUUCGCAGAUGGAUCUAAACCGCUCGUGGGAAAAUGUAUAUCUGUCAGCGAAUUAGCCUACCCUAAGCCACACUGGGAAACAAGCGCGUUGUGAAAUCAACCUAAAAAUAGCUUAACAUGCAACGUUUUUUAUGACGUUUUAGUGAUUUUUCUGGGAAGAUUUCUUUGAAGAUAACUCGAUGCUGGCCAUAAAAUUCAUCAUUGUUUUUCGCCUCUUCUUGCGCAUUUGGAGAGGCGCGGAUCACUCGUUUGGGAAGGUGAAACGUUCUGACUGUGCAUGGUGUUAAGGUUUGGGCUUAUGUUUCUCAGUACUGGCUGUCUUGUUACAAAGGAAAACAAUAAACUACUGGACCCAAGAUCACAGACGUAGCCUACUGAUCAAGAAUGCGCUUAAUUGGAGUACACUGGCGAGGUGUCCCUUGCAUCACCGCCGGGAUCACGUUUUCGUAAUGUUCAAUACUUCGGGCGUCGAUCCCACUUCCAAUAAGAGAGAGGAUGUUUCCGAAGUUAUCAAUGGCACUCUGGAGCUUUUCUAUAACGUCCUGGUCACAGCUGGUCCAACAGCCAUGUGGAACGAUACGUGCGGGGAGACACUACUUGAUUUCGGCAGUGGAGAGAAGAUAAUAAUCGGAGUGAUGUUGGCUAUCAUCACAGCGGUCACUGUGAUGGGAAACACAUUGGUUGUCAUAGCUGUUUGCGUGGUGAAAAAAUUAAGACAACCGUCAAACUAUCUUCUUGUGUCCCUGGCUGUGGCAGACCUCUCCGUGGCCAUAGUUGUCAUGCCCUUCGUUAUAGUGACAGACCUAACUGGGGGCAAGUGGCUUUUUGGGGAGGUGUUUUGCAACAUCUUCAUUGGUAUGGAUGUAAUGUGCUGCACAGCCUCCAUUAUGACCCUGUGCGUGAUCAGUGUUGACAGGUAUCUGGGGAUCACCCGCCCCCUCACAUACCCAGCCAGGCAGAACGGCCAGCUGAUGGCCAAGAUGAUCCUGGGGGUGUGGCUGGUGUCCGCCUCCAUCACCCUGCCACCCUUCUGCGGCUGGGCCAAGAACGUCCACGCGGGCGGCGUGUGCCUCAUCAGCCAGGACUUUGGUUACACCAUCUACUCCACGGCUGUGGCCUUCUACAUCCCUAUGCUCGUCAUGCUCUUCAUGUACUACAAGAUUUUCAGGGCCGCCCGCAAGAGCGGCCUCAAGCACCGCUUCACCGACUUCACCCGGCGCGAGCGGCUGGAGACGGUGGCAAGCGAGGCACUGAGGAUGCAGGGCCUGAAGCCGCAGGGCGUGGCCGAGGAGUGUGCGGUGCUGUCCCGUCUGCUGACCCGCGAGCGCCGCAACAUCUCCAUCUUCAAGAGGGAGCAGAAGGCUGCCACCACACUGGGGGUGAUCGUGGGCGUGUUCUCUAUCUGCUGGCUGCCCUUCUUCAUCCUGUCCACGGCCAGGCCCUUCAUCUGCGGAGUGGAGUGCAGCUGUGUGCCCAUCUGGCUGGAGAGGUUCCUCCUCUGGCUGGGCUACGCCAACUCCCUCAUGAACCCCUUCAUCUACGCCUUCUUUAACCGGGACCUGCGCUCCACCUACAAGGAUCUGCUGCGAUGCCGCUACCGCAACAUCAACCGACGCCUGUCCGCCGUAGGUGUGCACGAGGCCCUUAAGGUGUAGGAGGAAGAGGACAAUGACAAGGAGGAGGGGAGUUUGGGGCCCCAGAAGUGUCCAAGGAAUUUCUAAUCCUGUCCUCAUUGUAAAGACUACUGGCUGCUACUCUUUGUGAUUGUAUAAUAGAGGCUCAGAGAGAUGACCUGUGACCUGUAGCUGUAGAUAAAGACACAGACAGACUGUUAAUACCUCUCUAACCCGCUGUAGAGGCACAGAGACAAGGCCAUCACUUAGGUCUGUGUCUGUCUGACUCACUCAGUCCUUCUAUUUUGGGACACAAAACCAUAGACCGUAUUUGACGGCCUAUUCAAGUUGACACUGGCUUUGUGCAUAUGCUACAAUUCAGUCCUGACUUCAUAUUCAUGUCAGGAAGAUAAUGCAUUGACUUGGGAAAUCACAUGCGGACCCUGGCGAUAAUUCUAGGUCAUUAAAAGCAUGGGCUGCAAAUGGAUUUCUGCACAAUGAUAUUUGCUAAAUUAAUGCUUGCGCAAGGGGUGCCAUUGGCUAUUGACUUAAACCAGUGAAGGUCGCUGAAUCUGUAUCUAUGUAACUGUUUCCAGUUCAACUUGUCCGUGGUCUAGUAGGUGAUGAUGGUGAACAAUUGAAAGUGGUCUGUAUAGGUACAUGUGAAUCUUUUAUUUUUUGGAGGCAGGCAAGUGUUUAAUGUUCACCAACAAAAACACUGCAAAACAGAAAGCAUCCAUUGACAGUUUAUUUUCAGACAUGCCAUUGAACACGUCUAUCUCUGCAAAGUCAACCCAACGGACAGCCACACAGACCCAGGGGAAACACACACAGUACAUGGCCAAGAUGAUAUAUUCCUUUGGAAAAUAAAUCGUAAUGUGAAUGAAGGCUAACAAACAAAAGUUAAUCUUGUAAUGUUACCACAAAGCACUUGAGGGUGGUAGGGAUAACAAGCCUGUGAUUGGACGUGAUUUAAUGGGGAAGAUGUUAGAGAGGUGGUACAACAAGUAGACCUAAUGGUUAGAGUUGGAGAAUGUUCUGGAACUAGCUACAUACAUCUCUGAGAAAUGCCCAUUUACAAAAUCCACAGGAACCCUCAUCACUUCAUUUGGCAUUCAUUGUUCAGUCUGCUUGAAGCUCACAUCUGUCUAACAUGCUAUGCAUUAUCCAUGGAAGAGCAGAAUGUUGUGCAAAGUCAGUUUGACAUAGCUCAGCAGCACAGUGGGUCAUACUUAACUUCACCCUAGCACACUUAGGCACAUACGUGUAAAACAUGUAGAAGGUGCCCACUGGGCACACACUGGUUGAAUCAACAUUGUUUCCACGUCAUUCUAAUUAAGUGAUGUUAAACCAACGUGGAGUAGACGUUGAAUUGACGUCUGUGCCCAGCGGGUGAUGACAGAUCUUAAACAUUUUCUCCAAGUUGAGUUUUCACAACAUACACAAAGAGUUGGUUGGCUGCACGAAACAGACAGAUUUUCCCUACUGAUUUGUUAUCAAUUUGUUCAACUAUGACCCAUUAAGGAAAGGCACUCAUUGUGCCGAUGAGGUUCUCCCAACAAGGAAUGAGUCCACCCUUCAAAGUCUUCAUCGCUAAUGCCUGGAGCAGCAGGUGUUGCUACUUCUGCUCUCCUUCAUAGCAGGAUAUGGUCAAAACUUUUAUGAACUCUGCGUCAACUUGUUUUAUUCACAACAACUCUGUUCUGUUGUAAUCUGUGUAAAAAUGGUAUAAUUGAAGCAGUGUGUGCUUUUCUCUACCUCGAUUUUUCGGAAAAUACGUGUUAAUUAUUAUUGCAAACAGAUAUAUUCCUGGCUUGCACUAUAUUUUGUCAUAUGAUUCCUUGUUAUUUAAGUGUCUAGUGUCGACGACGUUCAUUGACAUACCCUUCUACAACUGCUUUGCCAACGUUAUUCUCCAACAUGUACCUGGAGAAAUUAGAGUAUAUUUCUUUCAUCACUUUGUAAAUAAAGCAGCACUUGGUUUAAAAUCAAAAA